AUGAUAUCGCCCGAGCGUAAUCCGUGGCGACAUACUCUCCUGUCGUGCCCGCUGGUGUGCAGAGACUGGCAUCACUAUCCCCUAUUCUACCUGCGAGAGUAUGCGGAGUUACGGGACCGCCAGCAGGUCAUUGCCCUCUCUAACCACCUCCGUGCCAAAUCACGCCUCGGCGGGGCUGUCAAACGUGUCACCAUAUUCGGCGGCUCGGAUCCGGACGUGGCCAAGCCCGUCCCGCAACUCGGAACAUUUACUCCCAUGCUGGCCAGAAAACUCCCGAAUUCAGAGGUGUUGCAGAUACGGCACGCAGAACUAGCUCUGGGAGCGGUCCCACUGGCCAGUAUGCGCCGCUUAACAGCGUUCCCUUCUCUCACUGUCCUCGAGCUCACAUCCGUCCACUUCUCUAGUCCCUCACAGCUGGUGCAAUUGCUGUCUGCCAUCCCAACCCUUCGUUCCCUGAUCAGCAGGAGAGUGUUUUGCAAAUCAACAUGGUCACAUACGUCGGUCCUACCGCUCCAUAUUACCCAUCUGCGCAGGAUGGGCGUUUGGCACGAUCAUGCACCCGCCAUGAUGUCCCUGCUCACCAGACUGGUUAGAGCGGCGCAGGUGGAAGACCUCGAGAUCGGCGUGGAUGGUUGUACAACGUCUCUGGGCGGCGGCCAGAGGUGGCAUCAACUUGUCGAUUCAACGGCGCCAUCUCUCAAGGUAUUCCGCCUCGUAUGCGACACCAACGGGAUGCCAGUCGCAGCAUUUACAAAUAUGGUGCAAUCCGCCAGGCUACAUUGGCACCUGAACCUAGAGCACCUGUCUCUGAAGUCGCUGGUAGUCAGAAAUGCUGAUCACUGGUGGAUGCUUCGGGUGCUCUCUACGGUCCAGUCUGCCGCGAUACGUACGGUCAGUAUCUGUUUCACCGUCGGCGCCGAUACGGCCGCACAGGUGCGCGCAUUGCUCACCGAAUUCAACCGGAAUAACUACCUCAAAAUCCUGGACGGGACAUUAUCGGGAAGCACCUUCGCCAGCAUUCCUCCGACCGGGGUCUGCCUGACAAUCAGUAUUCCAGCAUAUGCAGUCCCCGAUAGUAAGCUGGGGAUUCACCUGGGGGCGGGACAUGGCACAAAAUGAGUCAGUCGAGCGAGCGGGGCAUUUUACGGACGCAUGUCCAUCGCACUUCGGACUCAUUGUGAGAUUCCGAGUCAGACAUCAUACAUGAUGUAUAUGCUCUACUCGCGCAAGUGAUUUGUGCCAGUCGAGUGUUGCUUGUCCCGCCCUGCGCCUGCACGUACCAUGUA